GCCCAUCCACCAUUCGCUUUAUCCUCAGUCCUUCUCAACUCAAAGAGCAACAUCAUACUUCGAAGGAAGAAAAUAGGAAGAUGGAAAACCCAGUGUCAGAGAUAUCAACUGUUAUCGAGCAGCUGAUAGAGUCACCACCAUCAGUUCAGCAGGAAACAAUAGAGAAAUACUUCACACCAUCAGCAGCUUUUGUACAUCCAUUCUGUCGGGUUCCGAGUUAUAAUGGCAGCCGAUGGGCCAUCAUCAAGAUCUUCCAAUGGUACAAGAUCAUGUCGCCUCGAAUUGAGCACCAGAUUCAUUCCAUAGCUUAUGAUGAAAGCCAUCUCACUCUCUAUAUUACCAUGUCACAGAUAUUCUCAAUAUGGGUAGUCCCUUUCCACGUCUCUCCAGUCAGACUCACCACAGUCAUCAACCUUACCACGGAUUCUGGAGUCCAGAAGCCCUCGAUGGUGAACGGGGAUCAUACCCUCUACUACAUCGCCAAGCAAGAAGAUCUGUACCAGGUCUCGGAAUGGAUCAAGUUUGUGGUUCCCCAUGUGGGGCAUCUCUUUGUUCUUGCUUUCCAAUUAUUCGCGACUCUCUUCUGUAUGCUUGGUGUUGUCAUCUUCUAUCCUAUCAUGUGGCUGGAGGAAAGACGGGUUAUUCCUUACAAGAUGCUGCGUAAGGGAAACCUUCUGUACAAUAUUGAGAGGAAGAUACCGGAGAUUAAGAAAGAAUGAGGCGGAAGUCUCGAGAAGGUCGUCAAGUUUAACUGAUGUGUUAUAUUGGCGUUGUUUGGUUACCACCUUCUUGGGGUCUCUACUCUGUUUCCCCCGUGAGCAUCAAUACAAUUCAGAGAUUUAUUAUUAGAACUUUUGUCCAGCCGUCGGCUUCUUAUAUACAUUCCUAUUACCUCCUCACACACUGGCGUAUAUCUGCCUUCUGCAGAUUCUUAAACACCUUUCAAGUCUAUCCAAAACCAAGAGACCUUUCAAUGGACCUGAUUCUCUUUGUUCAAGGCAGACAACAGAUCCAAGGGCGGGGUGAUAGUUAUGAGAAGAUGGGCUUCUGUGAGUGUAUCUUAAACAAACAUUGGAGCCCAUAACCAUGACUCAUGGGACAUGCG